CAUUUCGAUAACAAAAUCGUAAGGAGCAGACGUGCACGAUGCACCAUACUGGUGAUUCACACGGCACCUGAAGCACCUAAAAAACAGAAAAUCGGAAUACAAAUUUGGGCAGAAGAGGAAGCAAGAGCCAGAAGCUCUUGGAUUGGAUCACCGUUAACAAUGUUUUCUCGAUUAUUUCAUAAAUCUUCACCGCAACAACACCAGAAGGACGUGGUACAGGCGAAAUUCGAUCCGCGAGUUGUUCUUCACUACGGCGUUCCAUCUACCGCGUCUAUUCUCGCUUUUGAUCACAUCCAACGUCUAUUAGCAGUUGGAACACUUGAUGGAAGGAUAAAGGUGUUUGGUGGUGACAAUAUUGAAGGAACUUUUAUCUCUCCCAAGCAAGUAUCCUUCAAGAAUUUGGAGUUCUUGGAAAAUCAAGGCUUUCUUGUCAGCGUCUCAAGUGACAACAAGAUAGAGGUUUGGGAUUUGAAGAGCAAACAAAUUGCUUCUGCCUUGCAGUGGGAAUCCAUCAUAACUGCUUUCUCUGUUAUUUAUGGCACCAAUUACAUGUAUAUUGGAACAGAGCAUGGGAUGGUAUAUGUGUUGAUUUUUGAUCAUGAAGACAGAAAAAUUAAAAUAUUAUCCUAUUAUGUUCCCACAAAUGUUAUAUCUGAAGCAGUUGGGAUGUUACUUGAUCAGGUUUCAGUUGUCAGAGUUCUCCAUCAACCUUGCUCUGAUGGAAACAGACUGCUAAUUGCAUAUGAAAAUGGUUUGAUGGUACUCUGGGAUGCUUCUGAAGAUCGAAUUGUUCUCAUUAGAGGCCACAAAGAUAUCAAAUUGAAGAGAAAAACAGUGGCUAGUUAUCCAAAUGACCCUAUGGUUAAGCUUUCUGAUGAUAAAUUAGACCAUGGAGAGGAGGAUAAGGAGAUAAGCUCUGUGUCUUGGGCAUCUAAUGAUGGAUCAGUUGUUGUUGUUGGUUAUGUAGAUGGUGAUAUAAUGUUUUGGGAUUUGUCAACUGCUGACUUUACCCCAGAUCAACAACUUAAAAACUUGUUGAAUAAUGUUGUCAAGCUUCAAUUAUCAUCAGCUGAUAGAAGACUCCCUAUUAUUGUUCUACAUUGGUGGGUCAAUAAUAGUGGGGGAAAACUUUUUGUCUAUGGUGGUCAUGAUAUUGGGUCUGAAGAAGUUCUGACAGUUUUGAGCAUUGAUUUGUCCCGUGGGAUGGAAAAUCUUAAGUGUACUGGCCGCACUGAUGUUACGCUUCAUGGUUCUUUUGCUGAUAUGGCUUUAUUAUCCAGUGAUUGCCAUAAAGAGGGAGCUUGUAAUAUGCUAUUUGUAUUAACAAGUUCUGGACAACUGGAUCUUUAUGACAAUGAUUAUUUGUCUUCUAUGAUGUCUCAGCAAGAAAAGAAGACUUCUGUUCCCGCAAAUGCAAUGUUGUAUCCCAUCCUCAUACCCACUCUUGAACCACGCAUGACAACAUCAAGGCUUGAUGUGGUAUGUCAAGAAGUGAAGUCAUUUAAAGCCCUGUUCAAGAUUCUUGUUGAUACAAAGCAUCGUUCAAUAGAAAAUCAGAAAAGUCUUGGUAUAAAGUGGCCUUUGACUGGUGGUGUUCCAGGUCUGUCUUUCAAAGAAGACCAUCCUAUCAUUCAAAUAUACAUAACAGGUUACCAAGAUGGGUCUGUUCGGAUAUGGGAUGCCACAUAUCCUGCUUUUUCACUUGUUUACAAUAUAAAAUCUGAGGUUUGCCAUCAGGUUAAUGAUGUUAAAAUUGGCAAUGCAAGUGUGCCAGUGUCAGCAUUAGGUUUUUGCCCUGAUACUCUACAUCUUGCUGUUGGCGAUGAAAGUGGUGUUGUUCGUCUAUAUGGGCUAAUAAGGAGUUCAGAUGACACCACUUUGCACUUCGUCUCAGAAAAUGGAACUGAAGUUCAUAAUAUGCAUCAAGGGGAUGGACCUCAUUGCAAAGCUGUGUUUUCCCUUCAAAAUUCUGCUGUAUGUGGCCUACAGUUUGCAAACCUUGGAGGGACGCUUGCUGUUGGGUAUGAACAUGGGCAGGUGGCUAUGCUUGAUAUCAGUUCAUCAUCAGUUUUGUCUCUUUCCAAAAAUGAAACUAACACUUCUUCGGCAGUUGUUUCUAUGAGAGUAAAAAUUUUAGAAUGCAACUUAAACAAUCUACAGGAAUCUGUAUCUGAUAUUUCUGACAAUCUUGGAAUGGGGCUAGUCUUUGUUAUGACAAGGGAUGCACACUUUGUUGCAAUAGAUACCGUGACAGGGAAUACAGUUUGCAAUAGGACAAUGAGCCCUAAAGAAAAAUCAAAUGCAAUUUCAAUGCACAUUAUAGAUGGUAGUACUUGUGAUCAAUCUGCUGAAAAACUGUCAUCCAACUCACCUCAGAAGAGUGAUUGUGGAAUGCAAGCUAACAUCCAAUCUGAAAAUGCACAAGUUGAAGUUGCAAUUGCUACUACCAUAGAAAAUUCACAUUUUGGGCAGAUAAUAUCAAACUCGCUCAUUUUACUUUGUUAUGAGAGUGAAUUGAGUUUACACUCUUUAAAUUUUGUGAUGGAGGGUAGUAGCAAGUACGUACGGAAGCUGAACCUUGUUCAACGAUGCUGCUGGACUACAACCUUCAAGAAAGACGAGAAAGAGUGUGUUUUGGUUCUUCUGUAUCAAAGUGGAGACAUUGAAUUAAGGUCCUUGCCAGCUUUGGAAGUGUUGGGAGAAAGCUCUUUAAUGUCAAUCCUCAGAUGGAACUUAGAAACCAACAUGGAGAAGAUGAUAUGUUCUUCAUCAAAUGGAAAAAUUAUUAUGGUCAAUGGGAAUGAAAUUGCUUGCAUAUCACUGUGGAACUGUGAAAAUGAGUUAUGGAUUCCAGAGUCUUUUCCUUGUCUCCAUGAUGAAGUUCUUGCAGCUGCUGUAGAUUCUACAGCAAGUCUAUCACCAAACCAAAAUGAAAGACAGGGAGCUUCUGCUAUCUUUGUUAAUAUAGCCAAGAACUUUAAAAUGGGGAAAGCCGAUCAGCAUGCAAAUCAAGCAGUUCAUGCUAAUAGAUUGGAGAAUUUAAAGCAAAUAUUCUCCAGUCCUCCCUUCUUAAAGUCUUCCUCGAGUACAGUAGAUAAGCUAGAUGCUUUUGCGCUUGACAUAGAUGACAUUCUGAUUGAUGAACCUGUUGUAGUCUAUUCAUCUCCUAAGAAAAACGAUAUUGAUAAGAGAGAUAAAGGUAAAGGAACAGAGAGACAGAAAUUAUUUGAAGAUGCAAGCACCGUCUCAAAACCGAAAGUUAGAACGGCUGACGAAAUUAAGGCUAAAUACAGAAAGACUGCGGGGGAUGCCUCCACAGCAGCUGCACUUGCAAAGGAUAAACUUAUGGAGCGUCAAGAAAAACUCCAGCUGCUCAAUGAACGUACUGAAGAGUUGCAAAAUGGGGCACAAGAUUUUGCAUCCAUGGCAACUGAACUCCGUAAAAGAAUGGAAAAUCGUAAAUGGUGGCAGUUAUGAUUGGGUGCAUGGUUUUCUUAUUUUCAUCGAUACGUCCCGUUAUGCUCGUUUCGAAGUUGAAGUUCUGGACUGUAGAAGUAGCCUCACUUUUUUCAAAAGCAGCUCUGAUUCCAUUGCUUGCUUAGUGUUUGUAAACAUGUUUGGUCUCACAUGUGCAUGUAAUUAUUCUUAUAAUUUUAUUUUUAUUACACGCAUAUAAGUGUAUUUAUAGCGUGUUCAGAAA